AGACAUCUGACCCGGACAAUGGAGCUCGUUCAGCGCCGAGAUAAAGCCGCUCUGUGCUUGUGGCAGGUAGAGCAUGACGCGCCGUCUGUUCACCCUGAGCAUGUGAUGCCCAGCGGUGCUAUAAUAACCCCAUACACACAUCCGACAACAACUGAGAUCAUCAACAUCAUCCUUCAACUCAUCCUGAUCGAAAAUCGCUCCGAGAUGAGAGCCACUGGUCCUGUCCUGCUCUUAGUGGCGCUCGCCGGGUGUCAGAGUGUGUUUUCUGCGUCCUUGGAGGUCAAUUCAAAGGAGGAUGCGUCUGAUGAGAGAGUGGAGAUCAGUGACCUGCAGAAAUCAGAUGAGAGUGAGGCUGAAGUAAAUUCAGAAGAAAAAGAAAUGGUGCAUGACAACUGUUUUGAUAAGGCUGAAAGAGAUCAAACUGAGCAGACGUUUAACCCCACUGCCUCUUCAUCAAGUGAAGAAGUGACACGAGACACAGAGACGAUGAGUACAAAAGUGGUGAAGUCUGAAGAUGAUGGAGCUGAAGCGAGAGUAGAAGUGCAAAUCAUGGACAUGGCGAAAGAAGACAGUGACGAGGCAGAAGAACGCUAUGACAUUGAGGUGCUUAAACAUGCAGGUGAAAGAGACGCGACAGUGGAAUAAGAGGAGUGGGUUUCCGACCUCAUGACCGGCUGAAGAAACCCAUGAGGAACUUCCAAUACUUAAUAAAGAAAUAGUACAUGUAA